AUGGAUGUGGCCGAGAGCCCUGAACGGGGUCCAUGCUCUCCAGAGGACCCAGAGGAACAGCAGCAGGGGUUUUCGGACGAUGACAUCUUGAGGGAGAGUGGAUCUGAGCAGGACCUAGAUGGCACUGGGGGGAGGGCGUCUGAUGCCGAGGAAGAGGAGCACGCCGCCCAGGGACUGAACCAGGGAGAGGAAGAGCCCUCCGAUGAGGACGGUCCAGCCAGUGAGCCCCGCUCUCAGGAUCCAGACUCAGAGGCCAACGAGCUGAGUGGGGACCCUGCGAGCCCCCCGUGUGAGGAGGAAGGGGGCAGGCCAGAGGAGGAGCGGACGAGUGAUCUCGGGGACGAGGUGUCCUCCGUCACCCGGGAGCUGGACGAGCAUGAACUUGAUUAUGAUGAGGAGGUCCCUGAGGAACCCGCGCCCACUGCCCAGGAGGACGGGGCUGAUCGGCCAGGAGCCGAGGGUGACGAGGACAAGGGGGAAGGGGCCCCGGAAGAAGAGGAGACGGCAGGUGCCACAAAUGAGGCCGGGAAAGAGCCGCUGGAGGCUGUGAAGGAGAGAAAGAAAGAGGAUGAUGACGGGGAGAUAGAUGACGGGGAGAUAGACGAUGAUGAUUUGGAAGAAGGGGAGGUCAAGGACCCCAGUGACCGGAAGGUGAGGCCUCGUCCCACCUGCCGCUUCUUCAUGAAAGGGAACUGUACCUGGGGGAUGAGCUGCAGGUUUGUCCACCCCGGCGUGAACGACAAGGGCAACUACUCCCUGAUCACCAAAGCCGAGCCCUUCCCGCCCAACGGUGCCCCGCCUCUUGGACCACACCCUCUGAUGCCCGCCAACCCUUGGGGUGGGCCGGUAGUUGAUGAAAUUCUGCCUCCACCCCCACCGGAACCUCCGACAGAGAGCGCCUGGGAGCGAGGGCUCCGGCACGCAAAGGAGGUUUUAAAAAAAGCCACCAUUCGAAAAGAGCAGGAGCCUGACUUUGAGGAGAAGAGAUUCACGAUGAGCAUCGGUGAAGAUGACCGGGAGUUUGAUAAAGAGAACGAGGUUUUCCGAGACUGGAACUACCGCAUCACCAGGGACGUCCGAGACACACCACUUGAGCCUUAUGCAGACCCAUACUAUGACUAUGAAAUAGAGCGGUUCUGGCGAGGUGGCCAAUACGAGAACUUCCGGGUGCAAUAUACAGAGACAGAACCGUAUCACAACUACCGAGAGAGGGAGCGGGAGCGAGAGCGUGAGAACCGGCAGCGGGAGCGUGAGCGUGAACGGGAGCGUGAACGGGAGCGUGAGCGUCGCCAGAGGGAGCGAGAGCGCGAACAGCGGGAGCGGGACAAGGAGCGGCAGCGGAGGAAAGAGGAGUGGGAGCGUGAACGUGCCAAGCGCGAUGAGAAGGACCGGCAGCACCGAGAGCGGGAGCGGGACAAGGAGAAAGACAAACCAAAGGCUCGUUCCCCACAGCCACCAAGCCGGCAAGCUGAGCCACCAAAGAAGGAGGCCACCUCUACAGGCGCCCCGGUGAAGCGGGCAGAUGAGUGGAAGGACCCUUGGCGCCGAUCCAAGUCCCCCAAGAAGAAACUUGGAGCAUCCGUCUCCCCUAGCAGGGCACGAAGGCGUCGAAAACCAUCUGCUUCAUCAGCCUCCGCCUCCAACUCCUCCAGGUCAUCGUCCAGAUCAUCAUCAUACUCUGGCUCCGGCUCCUCGCGGUCCCACUCUAGGUCUUCAUCAUACAGCUCCUAUUCCAGCCGCUCGUCCAGACACAGCUCCUUCUCUGGGAGCCGGUCCAGGUCUCGGUCCUUCUCCUCGUCUCCAUCUCCGUCUCCAUCACCUUCCCCACACAGACCUUCCAUCAGAACCAAGGGGGAACCAGCCCCGCCGCCCGGAAAAGCAGGGGAGAAGCCCGUGAAGAAGCCUGCCCCACCCCCUGCCCUACCACCAGCCACCAAAGCCACUGCCCCCGCCCCUGAGCCUGCCAAGCCAGGGGAUGCUCGGGAAGCCAGGAGGAAGGAGCGGCAGGCCAGGACCCCUCCCAGGAGGCGGACGCUCAGCGGCAGUGGCAGCGGCAGCGGCUCCAGCUACAGCGGUUCGAGCUCCAGAUCCAGGUCCCUGAGCGUGAGCAGUGUCUCCUCCGUGUCCAGUGCCACGUCGAGCAGCAGUUCAGCACACAGCGUGGACUCAGAGGACAUGUACGCAGACCUAGCCAGUCCGGUCUCCUCAGCCAGCUCACGCUCCCCCAGCCCAGCCCAGACCAAGAAGGACAAAGGAAAAUCUAAAAAGGAAGAUGGCAUUAAAGAGGAGAAGCGGAAAAGGGACCCUUCCACACAGGCCCCCAAGUCCGCCAAGCCCUCAGCAGGCAACAGGUCUUCCCAGCAGCCUUCUACCCCUCAGCAGGCACCACCGGGGCAGCCCCUGCAGGCCCCCUUUGUGGCCCACAAGGAGAUCAAGCUGACCCUGAUCAAUAAGGCCACUGACAAAGCCAGCAGGAAACGCUACGAACCCUCAGACAAGGACAGGCUGAGUCCUCCGGCCAAGCGCGCCAACCUGUCCCCAGACCGAGGUUCCCGGGACCGUAAGUCAGGGGGUAGGCUCAGCUCCCCGAAGCCCGAGCGCCAGAGAGCUCAAAACCCCAAGACCCCCACAGCUCAGCCAGACAGGAAGCGCCAACUGUCGCCCCCGUCUAAGGGCUCCAGCAAAGUCACAAGUGUGCCUGGCAAGGCCGUGGACGCGGCUGCCCCCAGUGUCCCCAGCACCAAGGCCGGGAAGGCCAGCACGCUGUCCAGGCGCGAGGAACUCCUGAAACAGCUCAAGGCUGUGGAAGAUGCCAUCGCCCGCAAGCGGGCCAAGAUCCCCGGCAAAGUGUAG